UGGAUCAAUGUACCAAAAAAAGGGCGUCUCUGGAUCAGCUCUGUUCACCUCUAUUUAAACUCCAAAAACUUAUCUCUGGAGCAGCUCGAGGAAUCAUCAGACUCCGACCCGGUUCCUCGACCAGUUUACCCACAACGACGACCCGACGAUUUCUCGGUCUUUUCCGGGGUCGGAUUGGUUGUUUUGGCAUCGCGUUGACUUGGUGGUUCUCUGUAUGCUCUUUGUUUCAUCAAACAAGCUUCGAUAACAGAGAAUCGAAGGAGAGAAUGUAGCAGCUUUUCCGGCGGGUUCUUCACUGUCCGGGAACUUUAUGGCGUCGCGGUGGCAGCAGUGACUUCGUCUCGACGUUGCGUUCUGCAGAAGACGUAUUUACUGACUGGAUAUGCAAUGAGCACAAUGAUUACAUACUUGACUAGUGUAUGGAAGUUAAAUCUCACAGGUGCUGCCGCUGUCGUCAAUGUGUAUGCCGGCGCAGUGGCCGUAAUGCCACUGGGCAUGCUUUUUGUUGUUGAUACUGUAAUCGGUAACUAUUGGUUGAUCAUACUCUCCAGUUGUGCUUACACCAUGGGGUUUUUCCUCUUGACCAUGUCAACUCCACCAGUUCUUUAUAGGGAAACAGGCACUUGUGGCGCAUAUGAGGCCGAGUGCAUUGGCAAAGUACAAAAGAUUCUCUUUUACACAGCCUUAACUCUAAUAGCUCUGGGAGCCUCUGGUCGCUUUAUGGUUCGUGCAUUCAGAGAAGAGCAGUUGAUCAAGCCACUAUUAGAAGGCGCCAAAAAAAUGAAGUUCUUUGCUCUGUCAGUGUGCCCUAAGAAAGUAAGGUUGCUGUCAUUUCAAAUUCUGGUCUCCACCCUGGUACUUGGGACAACUGCUUAUUUAAAGCCUUGGUCGCUUAGGUUUGGGUUCCCUGCUAUAUUUACCUUGCUUGCAACAAUUACUUUAUUGACAAGUACUAUACGUCCACACAAAGCACAAAGGAACCUUUUCACCAGGGAAGAAAUCAGAAGCAUCUUACGCAUGAGUCCUAUAUGUAUUUUCCUUAUUCCAAUUGGUGUUGUAUCGUCUCUUGGAAAUACUUAUUUCACUGAACAAGCAAGCAAGAUGAAUCACAGGGUUGGAUCCUUAAAGGUUUCUGUUCUUUUCCUUAUAGUGCCCCGAAGUUUGAUGAGAAAAUGGUUUAGCCAAUCAAAAUAUUGUGCUAAUAAGAUUAUUACUCCAAGAAUUGGGAUUUCAUUGUCGAUGGCAUUGGCGAUUCUAUGUUGUAUCACAGCUGCAUUAGUGGAAAACAGAAGGUUGGGCGUGGUUAAGAGACAUGGUUUACUUAACAAGCCCGAUGAAACAGUUCCCAUGACCAUGUUCUGGUUGCUUCCACAGUUUCUUCUCGUUGGAGGCGUUUCUGGGCUUUCCGAGAAGUGCAUUGCUCUUUUCUACACUGAUGUGGUGCUGCACUGGCCGAAAAUAGAAAAAGAUGUCGAUAUACAAGCAAAAGACAAACCCAAUUCCAAAGAACAAAACAUUAAGUCCCCCAUGGAACAGGCAAACGAAACACUCAAGCCUACAGAAAAGAAUGAUGAGGACCCCAAUCAGGCAAAACAAGAAACAAAGAGUACGGAAAAAGAUGGUGAGGGGCACAUUGAUCCCGAAAGGGCAGAACAAAAAUCCAAGCGUCAAUACAUAGAGUUUUUUGUUGAUGCUCUUGAGGGAAUGGGAAAUAUAGGCAGUGUGGUGUUGGUCUAUGUAGUGGGUGAAAUAAAACCUACUUGGUUCCAAGAAACGGUAAACCGAAGUCAUUUGGAUAAUUAUUACUGGACUUUGGCUGCAUUGACUGCAGCUAAUUUGAUAUUGUUUAUUCCAGUAAUAUUCUACCUGUUGAGGUCAAAGAAAUUCACUGCAUUGUUUGCGUAAUUUAGUCCUGAUAAU